UGCAUUUGCGGUCUGUGACUGGUCCGGCGCAAAAAUAUGUUGAGUGGUUUAGGCGUUGUUUCUGCCUCCGACCGAGGCUUCGCGGCGGACCUAAAAAGCGGCGCCGUCCUAGAUAAAAAGGACAGGUUGCCACAUCAUGGCAAAGACAGAUCCCACUCUUGUCUCUUCAUCUCUUGCAACUAAACCCCCGGCACAAGGUUAGAAUCUUGUUUCUUAUUUUUGUGUAAUUCAAGUAGAUGACUACUGAAAGUGAACCCAAGCCCAAGGAGUGGACGGCCAAGCUUGCCAAGGCGUUCUCCUCGCCGACCAUCUAUGCGCCGACGCUGGCGUACGAGUGCGUUGGCGCGCGCGAGUACAGCAGCUACAUCCUGUACGGUCUGGUGGUGCUGACUCCGUACAUGCUGAAGCGUCUGCUGGGAUUCGGCUGGCUGACGUACAUCAUCGUGACUGCCCUGCUGGCGCUGCCCAUCGGCGCCCUGUCUCUGCUGCUGUUCUCGUGGGUGUGGCCACAGCCGACCGACCAGACGUGCGCGCUGCCGAACCAGGCGCUGGAGACGUACAUGACGAUUCUGGACAAGGAGCUAAAGGCCAAGUACCACGGCAUGAGCAAGAUCCCGAUGGAGGUGUUCUUUGAGAGCUACUUUGAUGGGGACAUUGAUCUGGCAGGCGAUGCGCUGACGAUGUUUGAGCAGCGGUACGACUGGGCGACGUUCGAGAUCACGUGGCGGCAGGCCAAGUUCUUCUUGUUCCAGUGGAUCCCGGAGCUGCUGUGGCAUUCGAAGAAGCAGGACGAGACGCAGGUGCGCGACCACUACGACAGGGGCGACGACUUCUACGCGGCGUUCCUGGGCGACCGCAUGGUGUAUACGUCGGGACUGGUGGGCAAGCUGGGCGAGCGCGAGACGCUGGAGCAGCUGCAGGACAACAAGCUGCGGGAUGUGUGCGAGCGCAUGCAGAUGUGCCCGGGCGACCGCCACCUGGACAUUGGGUGCGGAUGGGGUACUCUGGCGGCCUAUGCGGCCAAGCACUACGGGACUGAGUCGGUUGGCGUGACGCUGGGCCGCAACCAGACGGCCUUUGGCAAUGCGCGGGCGGCGGAGUGGGGAGUCGGCGACUCGGCCAAGAUCUUGUGCAUGGACUACCGCGAUAUUCCGCGGCGGCCGCGGUACAAGCGCAUCACUUGCUUGGAGAUGGCUGAGCACGUCGGUGUGCGCAAGUUCCAGGAGUUCCUGCUGCAGGUGCGCGACAUGCUGGAGGACGACGGUUUGUUCUACCUGCAGAUCGCCGGUCUGCGCGGGGCGUGGCAGUGCGAGGACUUUGUGUGGGGACUGUUCAUGGCCAAGUACGUCUUCCCGGGUGCCGACGCGUCGUGCCCGCUGAACUGGGUUGUGGGACAGCUGGAGACCGCCGGAUUCGAGGUGCGCACGUCCGAGACUAUCGGUAUCCACUACUCGGUGACGAUUGGACGGUGGUACGAGAACUGGAUGAAGAACAAGGACCAGAUCACCAAGACGUAUGGCAAGCGCUGGUUCCGCAUCUGGGAGAUCUUCCUGGCGUGGUCGGUGAUUAUUGCCCGCCAGGGCUCGUCGACGUGCUACCAGAUCCUGGCGCACAAGAACCGCAACGGCUUUGACCGCAGCCGCCUGAUCACCAAGCCUAUGGGUGCUCAGUAAAAAACUAAAAAGAAAAAGCCCUUAUGGCUGGAGCCUUGGUAGUCAAGGCUCAUAAAAAACAGGCGCUUUUUGACUUUAUUCAAAAUAAAAUGUC